CAGUGGCGUGCAGUCCAUAUAAGCUGUGAAUGCUCUGCAUACCCAAACUAUUCGUGGACUCCGCAAUUAAUAUUAAAAUUAUAUACAGUACAUACUGUAUACGCAUACAUAUACCGGCCACUUUUUUAGGGACACCAACCGUGCUAGUACCAUGUUGGACCCCUUUUGCCUUCAGAAAUGCCUUCAAUUUUUUGUGGCAUAGAUUCAACAAGGUGCUGGAAACAUUCCUCAAAGAUUUUGGUCUGAAAAUGCCUCGAUGCAGAGAAUGGCCAGACUGGUUCAAGUCUGCAGCAACCGACAAAUCUGCAGCAACUGCUUGAUGCUACCAUGUCAAUAUGGACCAAAAUGUCUUUCUGUCAGUCAGUCAGUCAGACAAACAGACAUAGAUAUUUAUUUAAAGAUAGAUGGACUUUAAAUGAUAGAUUAGAAUUUAUGCAAAUUGCUUAAACUGUUUUAAGGAUAAAAUAAGUGAUAAGUCCAUCUAAAAAGAUAUUUCAAAAUCUCAAGUCUGUACCUUUAACCUGAGCUGUUAUAUCAUAAGGUUCAAAGUCUAACUUGAUUUCAAAGACUGCUCUAAAAAUACCUAAAAGGGUACAAGAAAAAAUCCUAGAGAGCUGAAGAGUUGUAAUCAAUGGAGAUUCCAAUAUUUACUGUUGAUGCUUUUACCAAUGUACCUUUCAAAGGUAAUCCUGCUGCAUUAUGUCUUAUAGAGAACGAGCUGCAAGAUGAUCUUUAUCUAAGCAUUGCUGCCGAGAUGAAUUUAUCAGACACUGCCUUCAUCUCAAAACGAAAUUCUAUGGAUUUUUCCUCAGGUGCAAGGUUUGGGUUACGCUGGUUUACCCCCAUAUGUGAGGAUCUACUAUGUGGACAUGCAACACUGGCCUCAGCAGCAGUGCUCUUUUACCUUAAAAAGAAUGUCAACCCUGUUGUGACGUUUGAGACUAUGAGUGGGGAGCUUCAUGUGCGCCAGCAUGGAGAAUCUCUAAUAAUGGACUUCCCCUUAAACAAACCACAGCCCCAGGAACAACAUGAAAUCAAGGAUCUGUUGAAAGCUGUUGUUGGAGACUUACCCGUCCAGGAAGUGUGCUACAGUCCAACAAUAAGGUACCUGAUGAUUCGUCUAGCUGACACAUGUGACAGAUCUGAACUUACAUCUUUGAGGCCUGAAGCAGAAGCUCUGCUGAAAAACGAAUCUACUGGGAAGAUUAAAGGCAUCAGUGUUACAAUCAAAGGAGCUCCGAAUGCACAGCCUGGAUAUGACUUCUAUUCCCGUUUCUUUUGCCCUUGGUAUGGGGUCCUUGAAGAUCCAGUCUGUGGGUCUUCACACACAGUUCUUGCUGGCUACUGGUCUGAAAAGCUGAAUAAAAAGAAAAUGUUGGCCUACCAGUGCUCCAGUCGUGGAGGUGAACUGGAGCUGGAGUUGAGGGAUGAUGGUCGACUCAACAUCAGCGGUCGGGCGCAGAUCAUUCUUCAGGGAACUCUUAAAAUCUAGACAACUUGCACAAUCAUCUCAUUAAAUCAUGUUCAUUUUCUUUCUUAAUAAAGAUCUGCAAAGUGAUGUUUUUUCACUAAGUGGGUAAAUAUGGCCAAAAUUGUAAUAAAUUGAGAUUGAGACUAAUUUAAUUUUUAUAAACAUUCUACUGAUUAAAAACUAUAAGUCUGAAA